GGCAAAUCAUUUGGUCCUGUUCUUCGCUUUUUGGGCCGCUUCGUGGACUACGGUGCCAUGGAUCUAGUCCGCUUUGGUCUUUGCCAUUGGCAUCUUCAUGUGCACCUGGGGGAUGCCAUAAACCUGGGGCAGGAGGUGCAUCAGAAAUUGGGGUGGCAGGCAAUGUGCACACUGAGGCGUGGUUGGGCGGAGGAGUAUGGCAGCAGCAUGCACGCGGAAAUGUCAAAGUGGCGCUUGAUGCAAUUGAGUUUGUCCUCCCAGAUCAACUGCCAUAUCCAGAUGUUGCGAUUGCUGUCCACCCGUGGCGAGAAUGACUUGUCACAUGCUGCUGCUGCGUACAUCCUAUCACAUGUGGCGCUCGUCAUUUGCAAAAAGCAGUUGACCAAUGCACUCCGCCCGCUGGGCGUGAUCCUGUAUCUCCUUCAUUUGGUGAAGACUUUGACCUGUGCAGACAUGACGCAUUACUUGGAAAUGCAAGCUUUCAACUCAGCACUUACAUGCUGUUAUGCUGCAAUUUUCAUGGAUGCGUACUUGUCAAUUCCAAUGGGCAUUUGUGUGUCCUUGGCUGAUGCGGUGAUGUUUGAAGUCCUUGGUGGGGAGUUCACAAGAAGUGCUCUAUGGACACGUCUUCUGAUCCUGGUAGUGUAUGUGAUGAUUCCAGCAUGUGCCGAGGAAACCGCGCGAAGGCUAAUACAAACCUCUCAGGAUGCGACAAGAAUGCUGGCAAGCUUUAGGCGCAUCAUAAAGGGCAGCAGUGAUGGAGACCUCCUUCUUGACAGCGACUUCAAGAUCUUAGAUGAAGCCAAGUGCCUCCAACACCUCACAGGAGAUCUUGGAAGAAGCUUUGAAGGGGCAUCCUUCUUGUCAAUGCUGUCUGGACCAGGUGCUACAAGGGACUUUGUACAGUUCGCCGAUCAUUCUGAUGAUGAGCUGGCCCAAAGUGGCAGUGCACCUGCUUGUCAUCGGAUCCAUCUCUUCAAUGCGUUCGGAGUUCCAGUGGGCGUCGAUGUCUGCCACGUGCGGGUUCCCAACCUGUUUGGGGCCACAAAGCCGUACCACUUGCUGGUCUUCAAGGAGGACCCCGAGCCAAGGGAAGGGCCUAGUGCUGAGAGAAACCCGGCUGCAGGCAGUAUCGCCAGCAGCGUCGAGCCGCAAACCGCGGCAUCUCAAGCUGAAUGCAGCGAAUCGUCGCUGGCAAGCAUCACCCUACUGCUAGAUGGCAUGUCAGAGCAUUUUGAUAUCUUGGAGGCACACAUCAAGUUCAAGCACCAGACUGAAGACACCUCAGACACCUUCCAUUGCGUGCCUAAUUUGCAGGGCCUCACUCGGCCUCAAGAUUGGGAGGACAUUUACCAACAGCUCUCCCAGUUCAUAUGGGGCUGCUACUCUGUGAGAACGACACCAGAGCCGAUCCCAAUGCAUCCGAUGCUACUCCGGCUCGGGCCGUCAUAUGUGCACGCGACUGAAGCACAGCUCUCGUUGGCAUCCGAGUUGUUUGGGCCGAGUCGGACGCAUCCCUUGCGUCCCCUGCGGCUCUCUUUGUGCCUGAGCGGCUUCGGAGGGAAGGAGUUUCAGGAGUUGCAUGGUCCCGUUUCGGUGGCUUUUGACCGUGUUCAGGACUCAGGGAGUUCCAGAGAACCUUCUCCGUUUCCAGGAAGUUCAUGCUCGAGUGAGAAUGUGUAAGGUAUGGUUGGAUUGUCCUGAGAAUGGCAUGUGUAAUUCAAAAGCAUUCAAUGUUCAUUUUAUGGACUGGGCCUUCUGGUGCUGAGGCGCACGUUCAUGGUUUGCCAAUCCAGUUCUUUAUGUAUCUUUAUUUCGCUUACACAGCUUUUUUUGAGCGGGGGCUGCUGGGCAAAAUGCCAGGCCCUCUUCGGGCGAUUUUUGGUCUCAUGCGCGAGUUUGAACCAAAACCCAGGUUUGGCGUUGUGGAACCGUUCUUCUCAGCGUACACGCCCAUUGAGUGUGUAUAUUUAAAGUCAAACCUGGAGCAGACCUCCCUCACAUCCACGAUGAUGUUGAGGCAUUUUGUGUUGAGCGGCAAGUCUGCAUUUGCUUGACGUGUCCAAAUCAGGACAACCCCUGCCAGUGCCCAGGGUAGGAAAGGUGA